GACAUCCACCUUAGGGAAGGAGAAGAAGGACAAGAAGAAGAGAGGGAGGGAAGGAAGGAGAGGAGCGUCACUCACUUUUCUUUCUGGCAGCCACCAGGAGCCUCACACGCUUUCCUGGCCCGACGGCGCCAACAACAGGACGCUUCUUCUUCUUUUCGACAUUUUCAUUUGAAAUUUCCACUCCACUCCUGAAAAUUUCCCCCAAAUCUCGUGGGGAAAGUGGAGCUUCCAUGCGUUGAACCCCCCAACCAGGCUCGCCUCAUGGAUUUGUACCUGAUUGGAUAUUUGGCGUGCGUGUGGCUGUGCGGCUCGCGGGUGCUCGGAGGCUAUCCCAUCUGGUGGUCGCUGGCCCUGGGGCAGCAGUACUCGUCCUUGGGCUCCCAACCCAUCCUGUGCGGCUCCAUCCCAGGCCUGGUUCCCAAGCAGCUGCGCUUCUGCCGCAACUACAUCGAGAUCAUGCCCAGCGUAGCCGAGGGCGUCAAACUGGGCAUCCAGGAGUGCCAGCACCAGUUCCGCGGGCGGCGGUGGAACUGCACCACCAUCAAGGACAACCUAGCCAUCUUCGGCCCGGUGCUGGAUAAAGCAACCAGAGAGUCGUCGUUUGUCCACGCCAUCGCUUCGGCCGGCGUCGCCUUCGCCGUGACGCGUUCCUGCGCCGAGGGCACGUCCACCAUGUGCGGCUGCGACUCCCAUCACAAGGGACCGCCCGGGGAGGGCUGGAAGUGGGGUGGCUGCAGCGAGGACGCAGAGUUUGGCGUGCUGGUAUCCCGGGAGUUUGCCGACGCCCGGGAAAACCGACCGGACGCACGCUCGGCCAUGAACCGGCACAACAACGAAGCGGGACGCACGACCAUCCUGGACCACAUGCAUCUGCGCUGCAAGUGCCACGGCCUGUCGGGGAGCUGCGAGGUGAAGACCUGCUGGUGGGCGCAGCCCGACUUCCGGAUGCUGGGCGACUACCUGAAGGACAAGUACGACAGCGCCUCUGAGAUGGUGGUGGAGAAGCACCGGGAGUCCCGCGGCUGGGUGGAGACCCUGCGCGUCAAGUACGCCUUCUUCAAGCACCCCACUGAGCGCGACCUGGUCUACUAUGAGGGCUCGCCGAAUUUCUGCGAGCCCAACCAGGAGACGGGCUCCUUCGGGACGCGAGACCGCGCCUGCAACGUGUCGUCGCACGGCAUCGAGGGUUGCGACCUGCUGUGCUGCGGCCGCGGGCACAACACCCGGACCGAGAAGCGCAAGGAGAAGUGCCACUGCAUCUUCCACUGGUGCUGUUACGUCAGCUGCCAGGAGUGUGUGCGCGUUUAUGACGUGCACACGUGCAAGUGAACCUUUCAGAUCCCUGCACGGCGUCCCCCUCAUUGCCUACACGGCCCGUCCCUCUCUGCACCCAACCUGGUGGACGCGUCUGACCCUCCCCAAGCUUCACCUCCCCCAUUGUCUUUAUUUAUUUCCCCCUCUGUGCCAACCACAUGUACAGUAACACACAAAUGCAGUCAGAACAAACAACACGAAAAUAUUUCCUUUGGAAUGAUGUUAAAUUAAAAAAAAACAACAACAAAAAAAACAGACCUCAUGUGUCCGGCCGCUCCGGCUGGUUUUACGAUUACACGACUCACAAAAAGAGAUUCAGCUUUCGGGUGAAAUUUCAGGAUGGUCUUAAAAUGUUCUUCAUUUCAACUUCAUUUGAAUUUUUGAAGGCAUGCGUCCAAUUGUUCAAUGUUUCAGAACUUUUGACACAACAGGUGUUUCUUCCAGAAAAAUGUCCACAGGUUAUCUACUUCUACACCUUUCUGUGACUCUUCCAGUCUCUCUGUUGCAACCUGCUGAUGACACUCUGUGUCAAUCUAAGCUCGCUGGCAACUUCCGAGGUCGUGUUGAUCAAUCAUUCGGUGUUGUCCUGGUCUCGUCAUGUCAAAAUUCACCCCCCAAUCUUGACCUUCUACUCAAAGGCUGCACUGAUUUCAAAUCCAGAGCGAUGCAACGCAGCCAGGUACGGUGGAUCAUGACAGUGGCUAACAAACCUGAAUUUCACAAACGAGCUGGCUGAGAGCCUUUUCUGCGGCAACCCGUUAAAAAAAAAAACGUGUUAGACGAAUAUCUACGUCUGUGGCAGUAAGCAGCUGAAUUCCAGUUGAUGAAUAUCAACGUCCACAGCAGCGAAUGAAUUAAAUACCAAUUCUAAUUGAACCAGCAAAUUUUAAGCACCUGUUGUGAAUUUUGCCGUUCAGCUCUUUGUUGUUAGUUGGACGCGGACAUUCGGAAGUUUCACUUCAUCCUGAUGAUUCAACCCAAAGCCGAACAUGCCUAACUUUCUGUGAGUGGUGUAGAACGAUUACUUUUCAAACUAAAUCAACCUCUAAAAAAAAAAGGUGACUUGAGCAGGUGGCCCAGGGAAGCGAAAGGCCUCACCGUGUAAACUACUGAACAGGACUUCGGGUCUUCAUAACUACUGAGCGGACGAGAGACGCUAGCGCGGCCCGAUUUUUACGGCCCCCGCAUUGCUGAAAUAUUAGAACAGGGCCGGACUGCAGGUAUGCAGGAGGGAGCAUGCGUGCGAACAGGCAAGCUCAUUCCACGCGCUGACAAUGUCACAUUUCAGCCAAACAUUGCUAAACUUCA